UAUUUUAUCUAAAUGUAUGUAAAAAAAGUGAAAUGCUUUAUUCAUAUUUCUGUCAGAGUCAAGCCAAACACAACUCACUCUACACAGUGUACUAAGAAAAGGAAGAAAAAAGGAGUAAAGAUUUUUCAGAACACCCAAUUUAUUGUAAAUGUUAUUUAUGAGUCCCAGAAGAAGAAAAGAAGAAAGAAAGAAAACCCUAGCUAGGAAUCAACAAACCCUUGUUCUAUUUUAGAAGAGGAACGCUAGGAUUUGAGUCAAAAAUGGAGAUUCUUGCAGUUUCAGGAACCAGGAGGAGGUAUUAUUAUUGUUUCUUUCUAGUUGUUUCUUGUUGUUUUGUUACUUUAUCUGUUGCAAAACCUUUAGCUUCAUUUGCAUACAAAAGAUUUGAUGAAAAGACCCUUAGUUUUGAUACUGAAAUUGGGUUGUAUGGAGAUGCUACGGUUGUUAAUGGUUCUGUUGAAAUGAAUGGUAAUAUGGUUUGGAGUUCUGGGAAACUUGUUCAUAGAAGACCCAUUCGAUUAGGGAACCGCAAGAGCCCGGUAUCGUUCUCGUCGUACUUCUCGUUCUCGAUUUCAUCUGAGAAUGGAGAUGGACUUGCUUUUAUGUUGAUACCAAAGGGGUUUCCUUUGGUGAAUGGAGGAGGAUCGUUUGGGCUUGGAGAUAAGUUGGAAAACGGUGGGAAUAAAGUUGUUACUGUUGAAUUUGAUACACUGAAGAAUGUUGAACAUGGUGACCAGAAUGGCAAUCAUGUUGGGAUCGAUUUGGGUAGUUUAGUUUCCGUCAAGGUUAGCAAUGCUUCAUCUGUCAAUGUGGUUCUCAACAGUGGGAAGAAAUUACACUCGUGGAUCGAUUACGAUGCUAGCUCAAAGCGUUUAGAAGUCCGAUUGUGUAAUUUUAGUGAGAGCAGGCCGAAUGAUCCGUUAGUUUCAUAUCAAAUUGAUUUGUCAAGAAUGUGGAAGGAAGAAGAAGUGUUUGUCGGCAUAGGGUCUUCUAGUGGGAAUUCUACUCAGACAAGUAGUGUUUAUUCAUGGAGCCUUAGGUUAAGGCGUGUUCCGACAUGGAUGCAUUCUGAACCUCUGGAUCCUCAAGAGUACUCAAAAGUGUAUUCACACGAGAACAAGCCUCCGAUUAUCCAUACCAGAACAGUUUGUGCUUUCAAGAUUGUCACUGUACUGCUUUUCGGUGUUGGAUGUGGAGCUUUGGCUGCUUCAAUAAUGUUGUUCUUAUGGACCGUCUUUGCUAAUAGGCGUGCAGCGGUUGUUCCAGCUGAAUAUGCUGAUCACCCCGUGGAAUAUGGGUAUGAGAAGAUCAAAGUAGUUGCCGAGAAAGCCACCACUGACGCCAAGAAAUGAAGGUUGUGGUGGUGAUGGGGAGAGGAGGAGGUGGAUGCUCUGUAAAUUGUGUUGUCAACUUUAUGUAAGUCCUUGUUUAAGCGUGUUCUGUGAAGUUUAUUUGAAGAAACGAUGUAUCAUAUUCUCUUUAAUGGAGGGUACUAAUAGUUUGAUCCGCUGUUUCUUAAUGACUUUUAAGUAACACCUGUUUCACUAUUUGUAAUACUAAGAAAGCAUUACAACUUCUUCUCUCAUUUCUA